AUGGAAGGCGUGUCUCGGACUCCUCCGUUUGCAUCAAUUACGGACAAUGAUCAUGGUGCAUACCUUCUUCUCGUCAAUGUCUCCUUGUUGAUUGUGCUGGCCUUCUUCAUCGCGGCGAAAAUAAGCUCGUCGAUCUAUCUCAAGCGGCGGCGAACGGCCACCAGUUCUCCAAUUUACGUCGGAACGGUGGUAGCCAUCGUCCAGACAAUCAUACUCCACUAUGCGGUCAAAUACGGGUUGGGAAGGAAGCAGGGUUCCCUGACCGCGGACUCUUUCAAGAAGUACAGCAAGUACAACUACGCGGCUCAGCUGCUUCAGAUUAUCCCAGUCGCCUUAUCCAAACUGUCGACGACCCUCUUGGUGCAUAUAUUGACCCCGCGAAGCGGUUUGCAAAAGGCAUGUCUUGCCACGAUAGGAGCGAUUGGUGUCUGGACGGUCUUUGCGCUGUGUGCAAUCGCUUUUCAAUGUCCCCUGCCAGAUUCUUGGUUGUAUAGACCGGAUCGUUGCACGGCAAAGGGAGCCUUGAUGUACCUAAUCUCUGUCAUGAACAUCCUGACCGACGUGGCCGUCCUCACCCUUCCCUUCUUCAUGAUGCACAAGGUCCAGAUGACUCAAGGGAAGAGAGUAAAGAUCCUGUGUGCAUUUUGCGCAAGAGCACUGUUGGUCGCCCUGCAUUGUGAGAGGUGUUCAAUGCUAAUGGAGACACAGCGCCGUCUUACUCACAAUCGGGCAGCUCGCGACACUGCCACAAUUCUUAACUUCGUCUGA